AUGGCACAAAAUUUUCUACCAAAAAGACUCCCCAAUUUAUUCUUGGUGUUGGCUCUAGCCACGGCCAUAUAUUCAGCAAAAGCUACCAACCUUAAAGAAACCAAUCUAUCUUUGUACUUCCCAGACAUCUUGGCCCCCGGCGCCACCAGUUCCACGGUCAUCCCGGUUGCCGGUGUUGCCAGCAAGGCUCAAACAUUCACCCAAUUCGGAAUCGUGUUUGUCACCGAUGACUUUAUCACUGAAAGCGCAGAUCCAAAUCCACUGGAAGUUGGCCGUGCACAAUACAUGUACAUGACAGCGGGGUUGGACAGGCUGAAUUCACAUGUGAUGAUAUCAAUUGUGUUCACAAAUAAGGAAUACAGUGGAAGCACCUUGGAAAUACAAGGAGUUAGCAAGCAAUUUGAGGUUGUUAGAGAGGUUUCAGUGGUGGCUGGGACAGGGAAAUUCCGGUUUGCUAGGGGCUAUGCUACAUUUGAGACAUAUUCCUACCAUGUUGCUACUCACGCUGUUAUUCGGUGCAACGUGACAGUGCAGCAUUACUAG